GGGCGUGUCCCGGCCCACGGGAGGGGGGACGGAACAUGUCUCCCGCCGCAGGAAGAUGAGGCAGCGGCUGCGCCCGCGGACGUAGCGGGCCAGGCAGAGCCGACCAGACGCGGCGGCACCGCGUACUCCACGCAGGCCGCCUUCGCCAGUGCCCUUAACACGCUACCACACAGGGCCAUCUCUAGGACUGAAGUAUCCCACUUGGCCCCUGAGCCCACCAUUGCAGCUGGAGAAUGAACCAGCCGCAGAGGAUGGCGCCCGUGGGCACAGACAAGGAGCUCAGUGACCUCCUGGACUUCAGCAUGAUGUUCCCCCUACCGGUGGCCAAUGGGAAAAGCCGGCCCACUUCCCUGCCUGGCACCCAGUUUGGAGGCUCAGGUCUGGAUGACCGGCCCAGCCCAGGCUCCUGGGCCACUGGUGACCAGAACAGCUCCUUCGACCCUGGCCGGCAGGCAUACAGCGAAGGCGCCCACUUCAGUGAGUCCCAUGGCAGCCUCUCUUCGUCCACAUUCCUGGGACCAGGGCUUGGAGGCAAGGGCGGUGAACGGAGCACGUAUACUGCCUUUGGGAGAGAUGCAGGUGUUGGGGGCUUGACUCAGGCUGGCUUCCUGCCCAGCGAGCUGGCCCUCAGCAGCCCUGGGCCACUGUCCCCCUCAGGCGUCAAGAGCGGAUCUCAGUAUUACUCUUCCUACCCCAGCCAUGCUCGGCGGAGAGCUGCAGACAGCGGCCUGGACGCGCAGCCCAAGAAAGUCCGGAAAGUGCCACCAGGUCUUCCGUCCUCGGUGUACCCACCCAGCUCAGGUGAUGACUACGGCAGGGAUGCUACCCCCUACCCAUCUGCCAAGACCCCCAGCAGCACCUACCCAGCCCCCUUCUACAUGGCAGAUGGCAGCCUGCACUCCUCGGCCGAGCUCUGGAGCCCUGCAGGCCAGGCGGGCUUUGGGCCUAUGCUGGGUGGGGGCUCGUCCCCACUGCCCCUCCCGCCGGGUGGCGGCAGCUCUGUGGGCAGUGGUAGUGGCAGUGGGUUUGGUGGCCUGCACCAGCACGAGCGCAUGGGCUACCAACUGCACAGCGUGGAGGUGAAUGGUGGGCUCCCGGCUGUGUCCACUUUCUCGGCCCCCACAGCUGCCUAUGGCAGUAUUGCCAGCCACACGCCCCCUGUUAGUGGGGCCGACAGCCUCAUGGGCUCUCGAGGGACUACAGCUGGCAGUUCUGGGGACGCCCUUGGGAAGGCACUGGCCUCGAUCUACUCUCCAGAUCACUCAAGCAAUAACUUCUCAUCUAGCCCUUCCACCCCUGUGGGCUCCCCACAGGGUCUGACAGGGACAUCACAGUGGCCCCGAGCAGGAGCCCCCGGUGCCUUAUCCCCUAGUUAUGACGGGGGUCUCCACAAUCUGCAGAACAAGAUGGAAGACCACCUGGACGAGGCCAUCCACGUGCUCCGCAGCCACGCCGUGGGUACCUCAGGCGACAUGCAUGGGAUACUGCCUAACCACGGAACACUGGCUUCGGGUUUUGCCGGCCCUGUCAUGCCACUGGGCGGGCGGCACACCAGCUUGGUUGGAGGCAGCCACUCGGAGGACAGCCUCCCCGGCAAUGGCAGCCUCAUGCACAACCAUGUGGUCCUCCCCAGCCAGCCCAACACCCUCCCUGACCUCUCUCGGCCUCCUGACUCCUACAGUGGACUCGGUCACAGGGCCACCACCUCAGGCACCGGCGAGAUCAAGCGGGAGGAGAAAGAGGAUGAGGAGAAUGUGUCGGUAGCCGACAACUCCGAGGAGGAGAAGAAGGAGCUAAAGGCCCCCCGGAUCCGGACCAGCCCGGACGAGGACGAGGACGACCUUCUCCCCCCAGAGCAGAAGGCUGAGCGGGAGAAGGAGCGCCGGGUGGCCAAUAACGCUCGGGAGCGACUGCGGGUCCGAGACAUCAAUGAGGCCUUUAAGGAGCUGGGGCGCAUGUGCCAGCUGCACCUCAACAGUGAGAAGCCCCAGACCAAACUGCUCAUCCUGCACCAGGCCGUGUCGGUCAUCCUGAACCUGGAGCAGCAGGUGCGAGAACGUAACCUGAACCCCAAAGCAGCCUGCUUGAAGCGACGAGAAGAGGAGAAGGUGUCAGGUGUGGUCGGAGACCCCCAGAUGGUGCUUUCAGCCACGCACCCAGGCCUGAGCGAGGCCCACAACCCUGCUGGUCAUAUGUGAGAGGUACGCCACCAUGAGAUAAGCUGACCGACCUCAGUCUAACCUGGAAUGGUCACACAAGGUAUCAGGUCCAUCCGCAGUGUGGGCCGGCCAGUCCACGCCUCCUCACACACCCCCGUGGUUGGUGUUGAGCCAACAGCAACCUAAGGAGCAUUCGAGUGAUGGGAGCCCUGGAGGUGACAACGGGGUCUAGGAGCCUCCCAGGGACCCUGCUGUAUCCACCCCCCAGGCCUCGGCCACUGCUGUGCCCUGGGACUUGCCUGAUGGAUCCUGAAACUGCAUCUUGGCCUUGCUACUCGAGCCCUGGCCAAAAGAAGCUUUCUUUCUUUCUCUCUUUAUUUUUCCUUUUUGGUAAAAACUGGAAAGCAAACAAAGUACACAAUACACUUUGUCAGAAAAGAAAAAAAUGCCUUAAGUAUAAAACAUGGAAAAGUUAAAACAUAUCACUCGCUGGAGAGAGACGCUGUGAAAAACUGGCUUGUUCUUCAAAAGCCACCAGCAAAUUGUGCCUAUGCCUGAUAUUUUUUUUAAGGAAAAUAAAAAUGCUAGUUACGAGAUUUUUUUUUUUAAUGUAGAAGAAAAUUAGCAAGGAGGAUGCCUUUUUUUUAAAGCUUUUUUUGCAUAUGUUUUGUAAGCAACAAACGUUUUUGUAUAAAAGUUUCAUGUCUCUUGCUAUUUCUGCUGCUGUUUCUAGAACUGAGCAUUGCAUUUCACGAUCAAACAGAUUAAACGUUGUAUUAAAAAGACCCCACUGUAAACCCGAGGCCCCCCACCCCUGCACCAGGAGCCCAGCUGUGGGACAUGGGGAGAACAGGGUUGGGUGGGUCUCAUUUGGUUUUGGAGAUGUUGGGGUUUGUUUCCUUGCUUCAGGGUGAAUUGGCGGAUGGGCUUUCCCACCCCAUCUUCUCUCCCUCCAACAGACAUUCUAGUCUCUCAGGUGGGGCAGAGGCUCAACCAAGGUACAGCCCUCCCAGGUGACCAUGCCGGGGUCCUCCAGAAGUCACUCUGGUCCCCUGGGCACUUCCCAGCAACCUGAAGGUCCCCACAUCUCUCCCUGGGACCCCAAAAGCUGCUCUCCCUGGAGCCCACAGAACUCUCCAAAAUGGGGGCUUUUAUUGUGACCCAGUUUCCAGGGCAUGAGGAUGGCACUGCGGGAGCACAAUGCUGUGGGGUGUCCCCAGACUCUCCAUCUUUCAUUCCUUUGACUUGCCAACCCAAGCCUAUCUUUGCAUUUUGGCAACAGGGCUGUAGCUCAAGGCCAGCACAGAAAGCUGCCAGCCCCACCAAGUGGCUGUCCUGGUGUGGACAGAGCAGGGAGAAGGGACAGAUUUCUGUGCACAGAAAAGCCCCCAGGUUGUGCGUUUGCCCAAAUUAUUGCCUAGCUGCAAAAGCAGGAGGGUGGGUCACCCUCAGGCCUCCCCAAGUCCCCUUUGGUUUCACUUGUCUCACAUGUCACCAGGGGAACCAGCUCAUCUUAGGCUGCCCAGGACUAUCCAGGUUUACGCACUAAUCAUCUGCAUUUUUGGAUCCCCUGCAGUUCCCAGGGAAACUGCAGUGGUUGGUCACCCUAUAAUAUGUCACCCAGGUGUAGGCUCAGGCCUGCUGGGGUCUUGGUUUCCUUACCUUUAUUCCCCUGCCCCACCCAUAGAAGCCUUAAGGAGCCCCAGCCUGGCUGCAUUUAUCCCACCAACAUCUCAGUGGGAUGCUGGGGACGGUAAUUCACUCCCCAAGUUCCAGGGCUACCUGACUCCUCAUCGCUGCCCUGCAAAUGACUAGCAAAGUGCUCUGUGGGAAGCUCAGAAGCACCCCACAAAGCCAGCACCAGGCAAGACAUCCAGGCUUGGGGCCAGGGCCAACUCCUUGAGCCCCGAUAAUCACCUGGGUCUUCUAGGGUCUUACCUCCAAGACUCAUUGGGACAGCAAGAAGUCAUCAGCUUGCCUGGUGAUUCCCUUGGUCUGUUGGGACUUGAGUCUCUUGGGGAACCUGCCUGAGUUCCUCUCUUAUUUUGCCCAUUGGUCCAGACAGGCAGGAGCCAAGGACCCUAGUCCUGCCAAAGGCCUGCAGGUUUUUGAACUGUGUCUUACAUACAUAAUUUGAAGUAUGUAGCCCUGGCUGGGUAGCUCAGUUGAUUUGAGUGUUAUCUCUCGACGCCAAGGUUGUCCAGUCCUUGACCAGGGCACAUGCAAGAAUCAACCAAUGAAUGCAUAAAUAAGUGGAACAACUAAUCGAUGUUUCUCUUCCUUCCUCCCUCCUCCUCUUUCUCUCAAAUCAAUUUUUUAAAAAGAGUAAUUUAUAUAACAAAACUAACCCAGCAGGUGAAGAAGUAGCUUGGGGGGGGGGGGAACCACACUUAAGGGAGAUUGUGCUCCGAGUGCCUCAAGAUAACUGGUGGUUUGGUUUUUGUUUUUAAUUUUUUAAGAAAAAUAAUUUUAUGCAAGUGCCCACACAGCUGGCUGGAUUCUUUGGAAAUUUUAAAUAAGCCCCUUUGGAGUCAAUAUGGAGACCUGUCCUGUACAUAACAGCACUGUAGCAAUAAAUGUGACAUACGGCAA